GAGGUUUUAUCUCCCGUUCUCCACGGUAUCAGAUCUAUCUUGAGGCCAGCGCCGCCCGAGUCAUCCGCAUGUGCGUCCUGUCCUGACGUCGGAUUUAGAGUCGAAUGUUCGUUAGAUCGACCUGGACUCUGAAACAAGUGCCUGGAUGCAGGGGGGGUUUCCUCAAACGCCUCGCUUCCUACCCCUUGCUCUCGCUUCUCGGCCUCCACAAAUAAUGAACGACCUCACCUCAUCCGAGGGAAAACGUGAAACUCUCGCUGCGGGUGCCGUCGCCCUCGCACUGCAGACGAGCAGCGAAGAGCAGCGAAGAGCAGCGAAGAGUCCCACAGAACGAGCAAAACUCCCUUCGCAGCUGUUUUCCUCUGGACCAGCAGCGCAGUGCUGGCCAGCCCAGCUCGCACGCCGCCAAGUGGUGAGGCCAGCUGGCUGGGUUGUUCCCCCUCCAGCCGUCCUCCCACUGUCGUCAAUAUUGGGGCUGAUAUGCCUCGCUGGACAAGUCGUAACAUCCGGGGACAACCCUGGGCAGUGUGGAAGAUCUCAAACAAACCCGAUCUCGCAACCAAACGCAAUCCCUGGAGCCUCUGUUGGUUGGUGGGCGGCGGCCUCUCGACCAGGAGAAUCGUGGGCCUUAUUGGCCAUGGAUUAUUUCAGGCUGCUCAUCCAAGAUCCGUUCGAUAUGGUGCGGUGGCGUCGGGUUGAGACAAGCAAGCCACCCCCUUCUAGACUGCUGGAUGAACAUAUUGCACGUUCUGUUCCAUUCUCGAUACUUGUCAUAGCCCGAGAAGAAUCAUCCCGGACCCGCUCUUGGUUUCGAUACCGCUCACUGACUGCAGCUGGGAAAAAGAUACCCUUGGAGCCAAGAAUCCUCGGUCAGGCCUGCUUCCUGACCUCACCACACAAGUUUUGUGAGGUUUGGCUUGUAUCAGGAAUACUGGCAUGGGUCGCCAAUAGACAUCCCGAUCCCGGACAGGGCUGCUGACUGGACCAAUCCGUCGCAGGCCUCCCUCGACCUGCGAACGUACUUUCUCUCUUAUACCUCUAGGGUCACUGCACUGCCCCUCUUUCACCUUUUCCGCGUCGUCCCAAUCGCAACUCUUCCCAUUCUAUUCGACCAGUCACUCCUUUACGGUCUUUUAUUAAUUUCGCUUUUCUUCUCUCUAUAUACUGGGAGCUGGCUCUCAUCUACAUCAAGCCAGGCUGCGCAGAUCCCCAAACGAGGUUGUUCUAUACUUUUGCACAGCUCAGCUCAUCACACUCAUUUCCGCCGCCACUACACAUACCAAUCUAGUAAUUCGUACCCACAUCCUCAGCGCGAGGCAUCGUUGUCCAAUUUCGUUUCACAAAGAGCACUGCAAAAACCCUACGCAUUCCCUACCUUCCGGCAAAGCAGUAUAACACUUUGAGUCGCACAUCCUCCGAUCUUA